UUGAAGCCUCUCGGUGAUGUCAGAAUAUCAGAGCACUUAGCCAGUCCAUUAGUAGUGUUUUGUGUCCCAUUAGUCAGUAAAUGUGUCACACCUGCAGAGAGGGGAUUAUAAUCCUGGCAGCCGCCUUGUACGACACCUAUAAAACCCCCUCUGCCUAAUGUACCACAUGCUAACAAGAAAAAAAAACAGAGCUCAAAUGGAAGCGAGCAGCAGAGUUAUGGUGCAGGUGUUGUUGCUGGCGUUGGUGGUUCAGGUCAGCCUGUCCCAGCACUGGUCCUAUGGAUGGCUACCAGGUGGAAAGAGGAGCGUGGGAGAGCUCGAGGCAACAAUCAGGAUGAUGGGCACAGGAGGAGUGGUGUCUCUUCCCGAGGAGGCGAGUGCCCAAACCCAAGAGAGACUUAGACCAUACAAUGUAAUUAAUGAUGAUUCCAGUCACUUUGACCGUAAAAAGAGGUUCCCUCACAAUAACUGAAGAGCUGCGGGGAGAGAGAAAAAAAAAGAGAAAGAGAGAGAGAGAGAGAAACAUGAGAAGAGAAAUACAGACUGUAUCAACUAUCAGCACCAGUGAGGGAUCGCCGGAGUGCAAGAGGCUGACUUCGACAAAUCAUCAUUUAUUACACUGAUGUCUAUCGUACUUCUUUAACGUGACAGAAAAAAAUUGUAAUAAAGCUUUAAAUUCUGA